AUGGCAAACAUACCAUAUUUGAAAGGUGUUCGUACAAGAUAUGUCAACAUAUUAAAAACAGAAGUUGAAAUUGCAGAGGGAAUACUACAAAAAGAUUUAGAGUAUUGUGAUAAGGAUGAAUAUGUGGAAUGUGUAAUGAAAUGUGUUGAAAAAAUGCAGGUAUAUCGUGAAAAGCUCGAGAAUCAAACGGAUAAACUAGCAAGUGCAUUAAGCAAAGAGGAGGAAACAUAUAUUCAAACAAUUCUUGAGGAGGAUUGUUCACUUUGUGAAAAGGCAAGGGAUAUGUGCAUGGAUUUAAAGAAUAGCAAGGAGAAAUUAUUGUUUCUUAAAAAUAAAGAAGAAGAGCUUGAAGAGAAAAAACAAAUGGUGAGUGCCUCUGAUAUCUUAAAAUUACUGUAUGAAAUGAAAAAUAUUGUGGCUACACACAUGGAACAGCAAAACAAAAUGUUAGCCAUGAACAUGAAACAAGACAAAUUCAAAUCAUCCUUGAAGCUCCCAAAAUUAGACCUAUUACCUUACAACGGUGACAAGCUCAAGUGGUUAGAAUUUUGGGAUUCAUUUGAGUGUACUAUACAUAGUAACAAACAAUUGUCAAACAUUGAAAAAUUCACUUAUCUUAGAAACAAGUUAUAUGGAGAAGCCAAACGCUCAAUAGCGGGUCUUGCACUCUCAGACGAAAAUUACACGGUAGCAAUUGAAAUCCUGAAAGACCGAUUCGGGAAUAUUCAAGAGGUUAUCGAUUUACAUUACAAUCAAAUGAUCAAUCUGUUUCCCGCGAGCAAUAAAACAGAAAGUUUAAGAGGAUUAUUGAAUAAAGUGGACCAACAUAUACGAAGUCUAGAAGUACUUCAUCAAAACACGGAACAAGACGUGUUUGUAUCAAUGAUACGAACUAAACUUCCAGAAGAAGUAUUGCUUCAAUUAGAAAUUCAGAAAGGAAAGACAGAUAAAUGGACUGUUUCCAAGCUCCGAGAAAAACUUGAUAUCUAUGUGACAGCACGUGAAAAGGCAGAACAAAAGGCUGUGUCUCAGUCAGAAUCGCGGAAAGAAAAACGUGAUACAAUUUAUUCAAGUAAUACGGGACAACAUCGACAGAAAUACCUAGGUAAUCAACAUAUGUCCGAUUACUCUAAGCGACCAAAUCAAAAAGGCUCUGCUGAAGCUCUUGUUACACAUGAACAACAGAAAACUGCAAAAUGUGAAACACCAAAUACAACGAACACGUUUAACAAGUGUCGGUACUGCGAUAAUAAACACUGGAGCGAUGAGUGUCCAAUAUUUCGUACUAUUGAUGAAAGGAAGAAAAAAUUAAAAGGGAGUUGCUUCAAGUGUUUGAAGCCCGGACAUUCUUCAUCUGAGUGCAAAGGAAAUAAACAUUGUGUGUAUUGCGGAGGAUUCAAUGUGCAUCAUAGAAGUUUAUGUUUGCAGAAAUUCAGACCAACGGAGUUUUGUGCGAUUAGUUCCGAGACGAACGUGUCAUCUGACGUCAAUGAAGUUUUAAGUGAAAAUGUGCUUAUUUCUUCUAGCGAAAUGGUAUUAAUGCAGACAGCCAGAACAGAAGUGAAAGGUCCAAUGCAAAAUCAAUGUAAAAAUGUGCGAGUUCUACUCGAUUCGGGUUCACAAAGAACUUAUAUUACACAGGCAUUGGCAGAGAAACUUGGGAUUAAGCAAGGAAAAGAAGAGCAGAUAAAGUUAGUAACUUUUGGAACCCAAAACGAUAAAAACGUUUUCUACACAAGUGAGCAUGAAGUUGAAGAAUGGCGAAUACAUAGAAAUCAGUGCAAAUAUAGUGCCUGUUAUAAGCGGAAGCAUACAGAAAAGACAGUUAAACAUAUGUUCAAAUGA